CUUCAGCCGGCGGAUUUAAGGCCGAGUGCCGGGGCUGGGGCACAGCAGCGUUUGCAGCAGUCGCCAGAGCUGAGCUCCACUGCGCCGCGGAGAUGCUGCCCGCCACCUUCAAGCUGUGCGCUGCCAUCUCCUACCAGCACCUGCGCAACGUGACCGGGCUGCGCAGACAAGCUGCCGUGGCCAUCAGCCAGGAGCUCAGCAAGCUGUCGUGCCGCAGCGCGGGGCCCAGCACGUGGAUCCACCAGGUCCGCAGACGAAGCUCCCUGCUCAGCUCCAGGCUGGAGGAGAAGCCCUUCAGCGAGAUGGAGAUGUCCUACAUCAAGCAAGGAGAGGAAGCCCUGCAGAAAUCCCUCAGCAUCCUCGGGGACCAGGAGGGCUGGAAGACGGAGACGGUGGUGGACAACGGAGACAAAGUGCUGAGCAAGGUGCUGCCGGACGUGGGCAAGGUGUUCCGGCUGGAGGUGGUGGUGGACCAGCCCCUGGACGCGGUGUACAGCGAGCUGGUGGACAACAUGGAGCAGAUGGGAGACUGGAAUCCCAGCGUCAAGGAGGUGAAGAUCCUCCAGAGGAUUGGGAAGGACACUCUCAUCACCCACGAGACGGCGGCCGCUGCGCCCGGGAACAUCGUGGGGCCGCGGGAUUUUGUCAGCGUGCGCUGCUCCAGGCGCCGCGGCUCCACCUGCGUCCUGGCCGGGAUGGCCACCACCUACGGAGCCAUGCCCGAACAGCAGGGAUUUAUCAGAGCUGAGAACGGCCCCACGUGUAUGGUCCUGCGCCCGCUGGCUGGCAGUCCGUCGCAAACCAAGUUAACGUGGCUUCUGAGCAUUGACCUGAAGGGUUGGCUGCCGAAGACCAUCAUCAACCAGGUCCUGUCCCAGACCCAGGUGGACUUUGCCAAGCACCUCCGGCAGCGCAUGGCGCGGGCAGGGGGCUGCGGAGCGCCCCGUCCCCCUGCACCGGCUGCUGCUGAGUGCUUUGUUCAGGGCUAACAGUAGGGAUCUUGGCGUUAGGGAAGUCAGGCACAGUUUAGUUCCAGCCUGUGCUAACAGGACAGGCCUUUAAUAGUAGACAGUACUAAUGAAGUUUUAACUAAUUAGCCAGGAGCCCGAUUCAGAAGGCAGGGGCAGCAGCUGCUCGGUGUGCAAGCAAACACCAUACCUGAAGGGGCAGAUUGCUGGGACCUCCCAGCUAAUUACUUGAAGCUUUAUUAGUCUACAAUAAAAGGCCUUGGCUACUUAGUUAUUAGGGAAGUCCCAGGAGCCUCCUUCAGAAGGCAGGGCCAGCCCCUGCCUGCUCAGUGUGCAAAAUACAGGACUUAACCUCACGUGUAUUCCCCUCCUUUCCCCUAGCGCAGCAGCUCUAAGUUAUUUGAUACAAUUUUACAUGUCUGUACAGGAAGAUUAUUUAUUCAACCUUCUGCAGUGAUGAUU